CCAGUGGCGUCGCGUGGACUAAUCAUGCUGGCUGGACGGUCAUCCCGGCGGCAAGCCCUCUGCUGCUCAUUACGGGAGACCCCUCCCACCGACUGUUUCGCCGGCGGUUUGCGACCAAAGGCAGAGGCGGAAGGCGAGGAGGAAAUCACAGCCCAUCCCACCCCACCCCAGUGCUCCCUGACUGGCACGUGGGUGAAUGAGGUGGGCUCCAGGAUGGUCGUCUCUUCCAUCGGUGGUGACGGGCGGUUCACCGGCUCCUUCCAGGAUACAGUCUCUGCCACCAACAACACGAUCCAAACCUCACCUGUGUUUGGAGUCCAGCACAAGUCGGCCCAGCCUGUCUUUGGCUUCACAGUCAACUGGAAAUUCGCUGAAUCUACCACCGUCUUUGUGGGCCAGUGUUUCCUGGCUGCCGACGGAAAGGAGCAACUGCAGACAACCUGGCUGCAGCGUGAUAAGGAGGGAUCCCUGGCAAAUGGUUUGAAGGCAACCUGGGUUGGCACAAACACCUUCUACCGAUCCAGUUGAGAGGAUGAAGAGAGCAAGGCUUCUGUGGGUUUUGCCGUGGGGGGCGACGGGAGGGCAGUCCUUCCUACCUCCACCCCGGCAUGCAUCAGCCGCUCUUCCCCAAUAAAACUUUUGCCUGAAAA